AUGGGCGAGCACAGAAAGGUGGAAGAACAUGAGGUGGAAGACGAGAGGGUGUGCAGCAGAAGGCCCAGGCCAGCGGCGAGGGCGGGGGCACGCGUCUGCCCACCGCUCCUUUUCGUGGACGUUGACAGCCCAACUCCCCAGGUUCCGGGACCCCACACCCCAGCCCUGGAAGAGCCACCCUCUUUCCGCGUGCUCCAGACCUCCUUCUUUGCCAACCACAGCUGGGCGCACAGCCAGGGGUCAGGCUGGUUGGGCGAGGGGCAGACUCAAGGCUGGGAUGGCGUCUUGGGUACCAUCUGCUUUCUGUGGCUCUGGUCCCGGGGCAGCGCCUGCGAGAAGGAGGUGCAGAACUUCCAGGCGCUUCUGCAGUUGUACUUCUACGGCGGAUCCUCCAUCUUCCUGAUAUUGAUCUGCUUGACUGGAUUUACCCCAGUCAUGCUGGCUGUAGUGGACUCACGUUUUAAAAAGCAGAGGUGA